AUGGAUGCAUUCAGAUGGAUUCAAAUGGUUGUAUUUGUGAUACUGGAGCUUCAGAUUACAGCAGUGACUGAAGAUAUUUCCUCUGUCAUUGUCAAAGAGGGAGAUGAUGCUACUUUGCCUUGUAAACAUGUGAUAGCCAAUCAGGAUGAAUGUAACAAUACUUACUGGUUCUUCAGCGAUUCAGGAGGAAACACUGCAGAUCUGGUCAUACAAGGGCAGAUUCAGGAAAAUACAAUAAUUAAAUCAGACAGACUGAGUGUUAUAGCGGACUGUUCUCUGGUUGUAAAGAAGGUCACACAAAAGGAUGUUGGUCGUUACAUCUGUCGACAGCACAGAUCAGGACAAGAUGCCGAGGUUGUUCUGUCUACUUUAAACAUGGAUGAACGUGAAGAAAGUGGCCAUGUGGAGCUGUUCUGCUCUGUGCGGACACAUGAUUUAUGCAGACACACAGUGCAGUGGCGAUAUGAGGGUAAAAAUGUGCAUGAAGACCUGCGCAUGUCAAAACAAGGCUGCCACAGUGAUGCAAGAUUUCCUACUUCUAAUCUUGAGCUGAAGUCAUCAUAUCAUGAGGUGUUUAAGUGUGAAGUGACAGAUGGUUUCACUAAAGAAAAGCAUCUGUUUACCUUCAGCCCUCAGUCCUCAGGUGACGACACAACAACAGCAAAAACAGAAGUAACAAUAAGAACAACUGUAAACAAACCAGGGACGAUCUCAGCAACAUCAGCAGUUUGGUGGUACAUCAUCGCAGCUGUGGGUUUAGUUGCACUCUUAAUAAUUGUUGUGGUUGUCAUCAGAUGGAAGAAAACUGAGGAAGAAAAAGAGAAGAAAGCACAGAGAGAUGAAGAAAUGAGACUGGGCUCAAACCCUGCAGUGACUCAAUCUGCUCCAGAAACCAGUCAGGACACGGUUGAUCCUGAAGAUGGUGUUUCCUACGCCUCCGUCAGCUACACCAAGAAGACCAACAGUAAAGCCCGGGUUCGGGUUGAAGAUGUUGGUGAUGGUGAAGGUGAUGCAGUGACCUACAGCACUGUGAAAGUUUCCCCCUCUUCUGCCGGAGCCUCCACUGAUCCCAGCAACAUCUAUGCUUCCAUCAACGACAAUUCCAACAAAUAAUAGACCACAGUGUUCAUAUCUUUACAUAAAAUUGUACAAUUGAUUUACUUUGUUGUACAUUUUAAUUGUAAACUUGUAUUUAUAUAGUUAUAUCUCCUGUAUGGAAGCCCCAAAAGGAAAGUGAGAAUGUUUUCUUUCUGGAGAUCCAAUUUCUAAGUAUCUUCUCUCCUUUGUUUAUGACUCUUUCUGCCUGUUGCUUCUGCAUUUGGGUCCACUUG